GAGAGAAAUACAUCAAAAGCAAAGCAAAGCAAAGCGGAGCUUCUGAGGCAUCACAUGAUGGCAGAUUACUAUCCAGCCAACGCCACCACAGAUCAUAUUCAGCAGUACUUGGACGAGAACAAGGCGUUGAUUCUUAAGAUCGUUGAAUGCCAGAAUUUGGGAAAACCAAAUGAAUGUGCAGAGUACCAAGCGAGAUUCCAGAAAAAUCUUAUGUAUCUUGCUUCAGUUGCGGAUUCUCAUCCUCACCCUCCAGGCUUUCAUUCUCACUUUCGUCCUGGUGGGAUCUUCCAUCGUGGAGCUCAGCAGAAGCAGCAGCAUAUGAAUGCAGAAUCGCUAAUGGCUGCUCGAUCCUCAAUGCUCCACAGCCAGCAACAGCUAUCAGCACUGCACCAGCAUCAAGCCUUGCAUGGUCAGCUCGGUAUGAGCUCAGUUGGGAACACUGAUCUCCACAUGCUGCCAACCGAGGCUAACAGCUCUGGAACUCCUGAUUCAUGUCGGGCUGGGGAAAGUCGGGGAAUAACUGUGGAGAUGAGACUCAACAUUGUCUCUGAUGAAAGGCGAAGAGAAAUUGAAAUUGCAGAGGCUCUUUACAUGAAAUCUGGGGAAGAUGAUGAUGAUGAUGACUCAUCAUAA